GGUGGCUGAUUCGUGCCUGGCUGCAGUAGCAGCGGCAUCUCCCUUUUACCAUCCCCUGCCUCUAGCCCGCCCAGGAGUCCAUCAGGCCAUGGACGCGGUGACUGUGUAUCAUGGCAAAAUCAGCAGGGAAACAGGGGAGAAGCUCCUGCUCGCCACGGGGCUGGACGGCAGCUAUUUGCUGAGGGACAGCGAGAGCGUCCCAGGCGUGUACUGCCUGUGUGUGCUGUAUCAAGGUUACAUUUAUACAUACCGAGUGUCCCAGACAGAAACAGGUUCUUGGAGUGCUGAGACAGCACCUGGGGUACAUAAAAGAUUUUUCCGGAAAAUAAAAAAUCUCAUUUCAGCAUUUCAGAAGCCAGAUCAAGGCAUUGUAAUACCUCUGCAGUAUCCCGUUGAGAAGAAGUCCUCAGCUAGAAGUACACAGGGUACUACAGGGAUAAGAGAAGAUCCUGAUGCCUGCCUGAAAGCACCAUGAAGAAAAAUAAAACACCUUGUAUUUUAUUUUCAAUAAUUUAAAUAUAUGCUAAGUUUUGUAUAGUGUAGAUAAUACAGUCAGUGAGCUACAAAUGCAUUUCUAAAACCAUCAUAGUCCUAUAAUGGAAGCAUCUAGCCUGAUGUCAAAGCUGAAAUGGACUUUGUAGAUAAUGAGGAGCUUUGAAAUGAGGAUUGGAAAAAAAGUAAUUCCAAAGGUUAUUUUCAGUUGUUAUAUUUACAAAUGGGAAACAAUUCAAAGCAUAAUGAAUACUUUAUAAAAGAUUAAUGUCAAUUCUUGCCACACAUGAAUAAAAAUAAUCCUCAGUUUUUGUCAAAAGCUAUAUUUUUACCGGAAUAUUAUUUGGUAGUUACUGAUUUUCAAAUGUCUUGCUUAAUUAUAUGGUGGGAAGUUGGUUGGUGUCACUCGUCUUUGUCACAUGCAGUUCUCCACUAGUUAUGGCUCUUUUGGAAUUUAUGAACCUGUGUACUAUGUGCUAAAACAAGUACUAGAUAAAGAGUGAAGAAAGCAAGGUUCUUGCCAAGUGUUCUUAUAUUGGACAAUAAUCCACAAACCAAUCUGGAGUUUAAAAUCCCAUCAUUUAAAAUAUACCCUAGAUGUUUACCAUAUUUGAUGCUACAGUGUUUGAAAUUCUAUUAGAAAGACAAUGGAGUAGAUUUUUCUUUUUUCCGCUUACCUCUGCCCCAGUUGUUUCUAUUGCAUGUAAAACCUCAUUUUGAAGGGAAACUUCACAGCUGCAGCUCAUGAAUAACUGAUUUGUAAACAUCCUCCCCUUUGGGUAACCCUACAAGACCAUUUGAAAGCUUAUGGUUACAUUAAUUUUUAACAAUUCCAAGUGAUUGAAACAAGCUAGAGUCAGAUUUUUAUGCAGUAUUUCCUUCUUACAUUUAUAUUUUCAUGACUUUUGUGAUUGAUUAUAUGUCACAUUGCUUCAGAGCUCACAGAAUUCAUUCACUCAACAAGCAUAACAGGGCACUGGGGGUAGAGAAGUAAAAAUACCUGGUCCCUGCCCUCAGGUAGCUCACCUCUAGUUGGACAAGAAAACAAUAA